GGGAGGCGCCGGAAGCAGCGGGAGCCGCCUUAUGGCGCAGGCCGGGAACGCCGGCCCGGGGGCCGAGGGGCUGCGGGGCGCGGGCGCGGCCCCGGGGCGCGCGCCAUGGCGCUGGGCCCUGGCGCUGUUCUGGCUGACGGCCACUGCGGGUCGGCCCCGCGAAUCUGGUGGCCCCUCCCGGCGCCACUGGCCUGUGCCCUACAAACGCUUUUCCUUCCGUCCAGAGCCAGAUCCUUAUUGCCAAGCUAAGUACACUUUCUGUCCAACUGGUUCACCUAUCCCAGUUAUGAAGGGUGAUGAUGUCAUUGAAGUCUUUCGAUUACAAGCCCCAGUAUGGGAAUUUAAAUAUGGAGACCUCCUGGGACACUUGAAGAUUAUGCAUGACGCCAUUGGAUUCAGGAGUACAUUAACUGGCAAGAACUACACAAUGGAAUGGUAUGAACUUUUCCAGCUUGGCAACUGCACAUUUCCCCAUCUCCGACCUGAAAUGGAUGCCCCUUUCUGGUGUAAUCAAGGAGCUGCCUGUUUUUUUGAAGGAAUUGAUGAUAUUCACUGGAAGGACAAUGGGACGUUAGUUCUAGUAGCGACUAUAUCAGGAAACAUGUUUAACAAAAUGGCAAAGUGGGUGAAACAGGACAAUGAAACAGGGAUUUAUUAUGAGACAUGGACUGUUCAAGCCAGCCCAGAAAAAGAAGCAGAGACCUGGUUUGAAUCCUAUGACUGUUCCAAAUUUGUGUUAAGGACAUAUGAGAAGUUGGCUGAACUUGGAGCACCGUUCAAGAAGGUAGAAACCAACUAUACAAGAAUAUUUCUUUACAGUGGAGAGCCUACUUAUUUGGGAAAUGAAACAUCUGUUUUUGGGCCAACAGGAAACAAGACUCUUGCUUUAGCCAUAAGAAGAUUUUAUUACCCCUUCAAACCAUAUUUGUCAACUAAAGAAUUCCUGUUGAGUCUCUUGCGAAUUUUUGAUGUAGUGAUUAUGCACAGACAGUUCUACUUGUUUUAUAAUUUUGAAUAUUGGUUUUUACCUAUGAAAUUCCCUUUUAUUAAAAUAACGUAUGAAGAAAUCCCUUUACCUAACAGAAACAAAACGUUCCUUGGUUUCUAAAAUGUUAGGGCUGGCCAGUUAGCUCAGUCGGUUAGAACACAGUGUUAUAACACCAAGGUCAAGGGUUCGGAUACCAGUGUCGGCCACAAGCAAAAAAAAAAAAAAGUAUAUAUAUAAAAACCUUAAUUCUACUGCUCUUUUUUCUGUAACCACCAGCAUCUCAGUUUUUCAGGAGGUAAUUUUAUAUUUGUAUAUAUUGUGGAUUUCCUAGCCUUUAUUCCUUGGGGCAUAAGGGAAAAUGCGUGUAGGCAGAACUGCUGCAUAUUAUCUCAGGACUUUUCCCUUGCUAUAUUGGUCAAAGUGAGCACAUUAGGUGAUCAUCGUUACAAUUUCCAAGCCUUUGUUGAUAUGGAGAAUUAUGGUUCAUAUCAGAUAUGUAGGAUCUUUGGACCCAAAAUUUUAAAAUUGUGGAUUUAGAGUGCCAAGAUUUUAGAAAUACUCUCAGUGACAAUUUUUUUCAUGGUGGGAGCUACUUUUUCUGGUUUGGAAGUUUACACUUUUUCACUUAAGUGUUUUUUGGAAGUUUAGACUAACUUUCCACCUUUCAUAACUUUUAGAACCGUGUCUAGCAGUCUGAUUGCAUUCCAGCCACUUAACUUUAAGGACUUGUUUGGAUACCAUAGCUGGAGUGGUUGUGCUUCCAGAUGUGGUAAAUACAGUGUUAAAGAGCACAGAUUUCUGGCUAGCAUUUUGGAUCUAGCUAGUAACUUAACUUUUGUGAUUUAAGCAACUUAAUAUCUCUGAGCCUUAGUUUCCUUAUCUCUAAAAUGAUUCAUCUGUCAGGGUUGCUGUAAAGAUUAAAAUCAUGUAUGCUUGGCAUAGUAAGGUCACAGUGAAUGGUAGCUAUAAUGAUUAAUCACAGAACACACUGUCAUCCUUGAUCUUUCCUAAUGUAGUUUUGUGCCAUUCUUUCCUCAUUUGAACUGAUAGCGUGGUGCUUCAGCGGUUUUUCAGACAUCUGGGGCAAGUAAGUAUCUGGCUGCAGACAAUGCAUGGAGAGACAGGUACUUUCUGACUCCUUCAC